AUGCUGUACCUGGAGGAGCACAGAGCUGUUGGGGAAGGAGUGCAAGCAGCUCAGCAACUGGCCGAGAAGCACGAGCAGUACACUGAAACAGCUCUGGAGGAUGUGAAAGCUGCAAAAGCUCUCAAGGAAACUGGAGAAGAGCUGAUCUCAGCGAACGACGUAGGAAUAUCCGGAAGUUUGCUGCCAAAAUGUGACGAAUUGGAGCGAAUGGCUGAAGCGCUCAAUGGAGCCCUCCAAAGACGGGCAACUGUGCUACGAAUGAGCAUCGCCAUGCAUACACAAAUUUCUCAG